GGUCAAGCUGUGGUGCAAUUGGCUCGUACCGUUCCGGAUGUGACGGUGUUCGGUGUCUGCUCCAAAGGAAAGCAUGAAGCGCUGUUGGCCUCCGCCGUGCCCAUCGAUCAUCUGCUGGAACGUGGCAACGACUACAGCAGCGAAGUCCGCAAAGUCCGUCCCGAGGGUGUAGACAUCGUCCUCGACUGUCUGUGCGGUGAAGAAUGCAACCGUGGCUAUUCCCUCCUCAAGCCCAUGGGCAAAUACAUCCUCUACGGAUCCUCCAACGUCGUAACAGGCGAAACAAAGAGCUUCUUCAGCGCUGCCCGCUCGUGGUGGCAAGUGGACAAGGUGUCCCCGAUCAAGCUGUUCGACGAUAACAAGACGUUGUCCGGCUUCAAUUUGCGCCAUCUGAUGUACCAGCAGGGCGAAACCGAAUUCGUGAGGGGCGCCGUCGAGAAGAUCUUCGCGCUCUACAAGGACGGCAAAAUCAAGCCCGUCACCGACUCCACCUGGGCCCUCGAAGACGUGGCGGAAGCCAUGCAGAAGAUGCACGACCGCAAGAACAUCGGCAAGAUCGUCCUUGACCCCGGCAUGGAGCCAAAACCGAAACCGGCCACUCCAGCCAAGGGCAAGGACAAGAAGAAGCAAUCGUCCGAAGAGAAGAAGGAGGAGGAGAAGAAGGAUGUUGCAGCAGCAGCAGCAACCGCCACAGACGAGAAGAAGACCGAUGAGGAGAAGAAGGACGAGAAGAAGGAAGAGGCGUUGACUAAUGGAGAUUCGGCCGGAGAAUCGGCAGACUCGAAAGACAAGGAGGACGAUAAGGCUUCCAGUUGAAUCAAUUGAAAACAAAGAAUCCCAAAAAAAAACAACAACAACAACAAACAAGAAGGAAAGCAAAAUUAUUUUCAACAAAUCAAAAACCAAAAAGAGAAGGAUCUCCAAUUAUUUUAUUAAUUUUUUUUUUUUAACUAUUUUAAUAAUUUUGUUUUUAACGUGUUUCGUUUCUCCAUCUUCCUUUAAUUUCUUAGUGAAGAGACCGUCAAAAUUUCUAGUUAAAACGAUAAUGAUGAUUAUUAUUAUUAUCAGAGAUUAAAAGAGAAAAAACAAAAAUAAUGUUAAGAGCAGAAGGAAACUUUCAACAACAUACAAACCAUCGAUGAUAAUAGCGACUAAGGAAGAAAUUUUCGUUUUGAAUACAACAAUUUCAGGUGGACCUAACAAUCUCAACCAUUAAUUUCGUGCUGUGUUAUAAUAAUUAUUAUUUUUUUUUUUUUUGUAAAUGUAUAGGAAUCACUUAGACUUUAAGGGAGAAAUUAUUAUUUUUUAAAUAUUGAGUAUAUUAUAUAUAUAUAUAUAAAUAUUAUUUUUUUAAUUGUAGGUCAUUGAUUUCCAAACUUGACUCUAUAUCAUAUAUAUAUAUAUAUACAAAUCUAUAUCUAGCACGCGGCCGAUCCGACCCGAACAAGGCCGAACUGCAUUUUCGGUAAAAAAAAAUCAACAAUUGAACAGCCUCUGACCAAUCAAUGAAUAA